AAAGUUCGUUGGCUAUUACCCUGCUCAGCACUCAAAUUCAGAUGCAUCAAGGACCUCCACGUAAGGCCAGGUACUUGAAUGUGCUAGAAGAGAAAGUGGGGAAUAAGAUCGAACUCGUCGGCACAGGAAAGACUUUCUGAACAGGACACUGACAGCACAGGUGUUUUCUUUUCUGCUAGAGCAAAAGCAUUGUGGGAUCUGGUUGAGAAAGGAAGAUGGAAAUUGCCGGAGAUUAAAUUACUUUCAUCGUGAAGAUGCUCUAGGAGGCUAACCUUCUACAAGCAUGAAGCCUACAAUGUGUUUUCUUCUUAUCUUCAUCUCCCUCCUCCAUCUGAUGAUCACAGUGAACACUCAGUCCUCUGUAGACUCUUCAGUGCAUAAAAAUAACCAGGACGAUUUCCACGGUGUAGACCCCCAUUGGGGGCCUUCGAAGCUCUUCUGCACUCGUGUCAAAAAUCCAGGCAGAUGGUCCUCCUGUCCUCCUGGGAUGACUGUUACUGGCUGUUCUUGCGGCUCUGGCUGUGAAUCUUGGGAGAUCCAGAAUGGAAAUACUUGCCACUGCCAAUGCUCAGCCAUGGACUGGACCAUCGGCCGCUGUUGCCGACCAGCUUGAGGAUGAGGAGGCUGAGAACCCAAGUUUUCAAUGAUGACCAUAAUGAAACCAUGGGCUCAUUCAAGAAACCUGACUCGCUGUCUCCUUAAUGCAUAUUACCCAAUAAUUCUUCCUGAGUAAUAAAGACAGAUCUGUUCUUGUG